AUGACUGGAACUAUGGAGCGUCUUCCUGGAUUCAAUGUGGCCAACCACUUUGAGAAGCGUCAGCUUCUCAUUGCUAUCAACAGUGUUGCCGCUCUGUCCAUCUUUUUCUUUGGAUAUGAUCAAGGAAUGAUGGGUGGUGUUAACAAUUCCAAACAUUACAUCGAUUUAAUGGGUUUCGGUUAUGUCGACGAGAAAACUGGAGAACCUGUUGUCACAGACAGCCUGCUCCAGGGAGGAAUCGUCUCCGUUUACUACCUCGGCACUCUCUUUGGCUGUCUUUUCGGAGGAUGGAUCGGCGAUAAACUUGGAAGAAUCAAGACGAUCGCUGUUGGUGCAGCCUGGGCAAUCCUAGGUGCUGCAUUGCAGUGCUCAGCUCAGAACCACGAGUGGAUGAUCUGCUCACGUGCCGUCAACGGCAUCGGCACAGGUAUUCUCAACGCCAUCGUGCCUGUCUGGGCUACUGAGACAGCUGAGCAUACCUCUCGAGGACAGUUUAUCGCCAUCGAAUUUACUCUUAACAUCUUUGGUGUAGUUGUAGCCUACUGGCUCGAAUUCGGUCUUUCCUACAUCGACAACAAUGGCUCGCAGUUCGGCUGGCGUUUUCCGAUUGCCUUCCAGAUCAUUCCUCUUCUGGUGCUCUUGGGAUGCGUUUGGUUCUUCCCAGAAUCACCCCGCUGGCUUGUCAAGGUUGGACGCGAUGACGAAGCUCAGUAUAUCCUUCAACGCCUUCGUGGCUCAAGCGAGUUUGACUGUGCUCGCGCUCACGCUGAGUACACCGAUAUCAAGAAUAUUGUUCAGCUCGAGAACAAGGAAUCUUCCAAGAACUCAUACUUUCACAUGUUCUUUGGUAUCGGAUCCGGCGAACUUCACACUGGUCGACGUGUCCAACUUGUUAUUUGGCUACAAAUCAUGCAAGAAUGGGUAGGCAUUGCUGGAGUCACGGUUUACGCACCGACCAUCUUUCGCAUCGCAGGCUUCGACACAAAAAAGAGUCAAUGGAUUUCCGGUCUCAACAACAUCUUCUACAUGUUCGCUACAUUGAUCUGUGUCUACACUCUGGACCGCAUCGGUAGACGAUGGACUUUAUACUGGGGUGCAGUGGGUCAGGGAAUCGCUAUGUUUCUGGCUGCUGCCUUUUCCAGACUCGGCCAGGACGCUAGAGACGCCGGAGAUAUUGACAAGGCGAACUCAUACGGUGCCGCUGCCGCUGCUUUCGUAUUUAUCUUCACUUUUGUCUUCGGCGCUACUUGGCUGACAGUACCGUGGCUGUACCCCGCUGAGAUCUUCCCGCUCCAAGUUCGAGCCAAAGGAAACGCGUUUGGUGUCUUUGGAUGGUCCAUUGGCAACGGCUGGCUCACUCUUCUUUGCCCUGUUAUGUUCUCCAAGAUCGGCGAAAACACGCUUCACAUCUUUGGUGCAGCUAACCUUCUGGCUAUUCCCAUGGUCUGGGCUUUGUACCCCGAGAGUAACCAGCGCACACUCGAGGAGAUGGACCUGUUGUUUGCAGCCGAUACGCCAUGGGUUUGGGAUGCCGAGAAGAAGUUCAAGGAGUUGAAGGAACAGCGGCCAGGACUGAUAUCCUCUUCUGCGCACACUAGGGAUGUUAUGGAUGUUGAGCCUGGUGCCAAGUCGGCAUCUGGAGAUGAGGUGAACAUGAGCACAUAA